CAAACUGCAGUUCUGCCCAGUGCUCCUGUGGGACAACGGAGGAGGACAUAUUGACAUCUAGCAAGCUUAUAAAAAGAGCCAUGAACGAAGAUCAAAAUAUCAACUGUCAAAUAGGAUCCUGCUUCUGUGUGACAGACAAUUCCAUGUGGAGCACUAUCAGGACUAUAACAUGAUAUCAGCCUUGGAUACUUUGCCAGGAGUCAGCUCCUAGCAAAAGGCAAGAACAGCAGGACUGACAGGUCACUUGGAACAGAGCUUGGUUACCACAGUAACGAUGUUAUUCAAACGAAUCCUCUGGCUGGUUGUUCUAAUUGGCUUCACCUACUCUGAUGAAACAACUGAACAACCAGAAGGCGUGGAACCUGAAGCUGAAGCUGAAGCUGAACCUGAAGCUGAACCUGAAGCUGAAGCUGAACCUGAAGCUGAACCUGAACUUGAACUUGAAACUGAAUCCCCUGUUGACAUCAGUCCUCCUGAAAUUCUGGCAGCAACUCCCCAAGCACCUCCUCGAGUAAUUGAAGGUUGCCCGAACUGGAUGGCAGGAAUACCUGGCAGCCCCGGCCACAAUGGCAUCCCUGGCAGAGACGGUAGAGACGGCCGUGAUGGUGCAAAGGGAGAAACUGGUGAAACAGGAGAACCAGGACCAAAGGGUGAUGAAGGAGUACCUGGCCUACCAGGUUUAGAUGGUAAAGAGGGGCUUGCUGGACUUCCAGGAGACAAGGGAGAAAAGGGAGAUAGUGUGCAUUCUUAUCACUCGGUAUUCAGCGUGGGUCUGACCUCAAGAAAUCCUGUCCCAAACAUGCCUAUCAAGUUCUCCAAAGUCUUCUACAAUGGUCAAAAUCACUACAAUGAAGACACUGGAAAAUUCACUUGCCCAUACUCAGGGAUCUAUUUCUUUUCAUAUCACAUUACUGUCUAUACUAAGGAUGUCAAGGUUGGCUUAUAUAAAAACAAUAAGGUUAUCAUUUUUACUUAUGAUCAGUUUCAGAAUAAUGAUGUUGACCAAGCUGGAAGUUCUGUAGCUAUUCAUUUGGAUGAAGGGGAUGAAGUGUGGUUGCAGGUUUAUGGAGACAAUACAUUUAAUGGGAUUUAUGCUGACAACAAUAAUGACUCUGUGUUCACAGGAUUCCUCUUGUACCCAGAUCUGCAUUGAAUAAAUUUAAUUACUAUUUUCUUAACACAAUUACAGAAUUUCUAUAUAAAUUACUUUAAAAAUGUAACCACCACUAUUUGUUUUAUAACUACAAACUGAGAACACGGAGAAGAAAUUUGUCAGUUCCGUAUUUUGUUUCUUUGCUAUGAAUCCGUAACCUCAAAA